AAUGGUGAUAGGUGGCGGUGGGUGUUUUACGUGUCAUCUCACGUCACCGCCUACGACUUUGCUCUCGUAGAAUAAAACUGUGAUUUUUUCCUUAUUUCACCGUCACUAAUCCAGGUAUUGAUCGAAAAUAUGUGUUCUAUGCACAUUAACAAAGAAUGACAUCAUGUUACACGUGUUUUAUGGCGUCAGAGGUGUGAAACGAGCAAUUCCAGGGGUUGUAACAGCUGCUGGGAUGGACUCUGAGGACAGUGGUGGAGGAAUAGCAGACACAUCAACCUAUCAGGUCUUGGCUGCUCAAGAUUCAUACCCGAAGCAGAUCUGCCAGUUUGAUGAACCAUCCUUGUCUAUCCCCUUUGUUCCACUCAGUGGGGAAUAUGCACAGUUUGUGGGGCGCACCUCAGAUGGACUCAUUGCACUCUCCAACUACCGAGUGUUUCUGCAGCAGCGUGAUGUGACGUAUCAUGUUCCCUUAGGGGUUAUCGAGGCCAUUGAAUGUCGGGAGAUAUUCUUCCUCUACCUCCUGUGUAAAGACACAAAAUCAUACAAGUGUACAUUUGCAACCAAUGAGCAAAGUGCUGAGUGGCAGCGACGGUUAACCAAGGCUUUAGCACUUCCUCAACGCCUGGAAAAUGUUUUUGCCUUUGCAUUCUACAUGUGGAGUAUGGAGGAAGCUCGGGACUUAUACAAUGCCCUUGUAGAACCAGAUGGUCAACAGUCUUAUGCUGUGCGUGCAGAGAAGAUGUUUGAUGAGGAGGUUCGACGGCUUGGUUUUGACUUAGGAGGAGCAUGGCGCAUCUCUCUGGCAAACAGUGACUACCAGCUGUGUUCCACAUACCCCAGAAAGGUUGUUGUACCAGCUUCCAUCAACGACAACAUCCUGGAAUCGGUUGCUCGGUUUAGAUCUGCUAGAAGGAUACCAGCAGUGGUGUGGAGACAUGCCAAUGGUGCAGUCAUUGCACGCUGCAGUCAGCCAGAAGUAGGUUGGCUUGGGUGGCGGUCUAGUGAAGAUGAAGACUUGGUGAAGGCAAUUGCUGAAGCUUGUGCCUAUGACAGUCCUAUUUCAAAUUCUGGUAUUGGUGGGACAGCAACAAGUCAAUUGGUGCCCCCAAAUGGUGGAGAAAAGGAAGCCACAACUCCUGCUUCAGAUAUUCCCUCUCUUUGUGAUCUGCCAGAGGCCAAAGCUCAGGCAGAUAUUAAGAAAGUAUUAAUAGUUGAUGCUCGAUCUUAUGCUACGGCCGUAGCCAACCGUGCCCGUGGUGGAGGUUGUGAGUGUCCAGAGUAUUACCCACAGUGUGAGAUUCAGUUCAUGAAUCUCGCCAACAUUCACACUAUUCGCAAGUCUCAUCAUGCUCUUCGUCAGCUUGCAUCUUCUUCACCAGACAUUCCUAAUUGGUUAUCCUUACUGGAGAGCUCUCGGUGGCUUGGGCAUCUUUCAGGGUUACUGAAAGCUGCUGUGACUGUUGUGCAGGCAGUAGUGCGUGAGGCCAGGCCCGUUUUAGUUCACUGCUCUGAUGGAUGGGACCGGACACCCCAGAUAACGGCACUCGCGCAACUUCUAAUGGAUCCCUACUAUCGAACUAUACAUGGUUUCCAGGUGCUAAUUGAGCGCGAGUGGGUUGAGUUUGGCCACAAGUUCAGUGACCGAUGUGGUGUUGGUCGAAGUUGCGAGGAUAUUAACGAGAGAUGUCCUGUCUUCCUCCAGUGGCUAGAUUGUGUGCAUCACCUCCUCUACUGGUUUCCUACUGCCUUCCAAUUUAAUCAGGCCUAUUUGGUGAAGUUAGCCCAGCAUGUGUACAGUAAUCUGUUUGGUACAUUUCUGUGUAACAUGUCCCAAGAGCGUGUCCAGGCUGAAAUUGGGGAUCGCACUUAUUCUGUGUGGUCGCUUCUGAGGCUCAACCGUCACCGUUACACCAACUACCUCUAUUGCCACACUCAUCAGGUACUCUACCCUUCAUGUCACACAAAAGAUUUGCGGCUAUGGACAUCAGUCUACAUGCCGGAGAUGGGUGAAGUCACUGAAGACCCCAAUACCAGCACUCACCUCAGUGUUGGUGAAGAUGAGGAGGAAGAGGAGGAGCCAGCUGCUGGAGGUGAACUCGUCAAGACUAAAUCAUGCGAUGAUCUCUUGGCGGGUACGUCUCCGCCACCUCACCACCCCUUACGACGGUCAUCCGAUCCUAAUAUUAGAGACAGCUGUCCAAACAUGGCCAUGCUCAACUCAGCACUUGGUGCUGAACUGGCUAAUGAAGACACGGGGGCUAUGGUUGAAAAUGGCAAUGAAGAAGAACCAGGUGUUGAAGAUUAUGAUGCUUAUGAAGAUUCUACCAGUGAGCCCAAUGGAGAAAGACUAAAUGAUGAAUCUGAAUCAUUAACUUUGUGUGAACCUUCGGUUUCAGAAUCUGAAAUUCAUGAAUGUGUUAAUGUAGUGCCUAGUGAAAUUUGUGAGAAUGGUAUAGAAAAUGGGGAGGAAGCAAGUGAAUUAUUGGGGCGAGAAUGUACAGAAAUAGAGGCAGAAGAAAAGGAUAAGGAAAACACAGAGGACAUAAAAAGAGAGGAAGAGGAGAUGUUUCCUAAUAGACAUACAGUUAAUGGUACUCGUCGGUUCCGGGGUUUGGCUGAGCAGUCCAUUGAAGGAUCCACAGAUACUUUAGUGGCUGAGGUGGGAGUGAUAGCUAGUGAAGAAAAGGUUCCUCAGGAGAAAAAUAGUGAAUUGAUACCUUUAGUGAAUGGAGAGUCAGGACAGGAGAGCCCCAAGUCAUUACUAAAUGGGAAAUGUUGUCCCUUCAUGAAUGCCGUCUCAGGAGAGGAAAGUGAAGUGUGCACUACGACUAACAACAACCGCAAACCUCAGAAGAAAGGUCCAGUAUCAUCCACGUCAGAGAACGGUUUUGAAGAACGACUAGAAAAGAGGAUUGUAAAUGGUGUGUCAAAUAUGAGUGCUGUUAUGAACAGUGUCACAUCUUCAGGCUGUAGCAUCUGUAUUCAAAGUAAGAAAUUAUUGGAUGAAACCGUUAAUGGGGACUCCUGGCGAAGUGCAGGACUAUUGCAAGAAACCUCUGUUAUUGGUGGUACUGUAAGAGGGGUUACCACAGGACCAGGAAGUAGAGUGUCACUAUAUUCCACCCCAAUGCACUCCCGGACACCUUCUUCAUGUAUACCUUCAACACCCUGUGAAGAUAGGUUUGGCAGUGGUGGGGAGAGCAGCAGAGGCAGUACCUAUGCUACUGUUGAUGGUCUGCACAAUGUUAGUGAUGAAGUGACAAAGAGAUUACACCAAAUCUUACUUCAUCAUCAGUCUGAGGUAGAAGCUCUAAAGCGAGACCUGCAAGCCACUAGACAGGCACUGUGUAACCAGGUUCUGCACAACCGCUGUCACCACCACCACCAUGACCCCACUGAAGACCAGAUGUCCCUGCCAGAAAGUGUAGGGUCAGGGUCUGGUGGAUCUGUGGGUCAAGAAUCUGGAGUGUCAGACACUUCAUGGGAAGCUGUGGAAGAAGGUGAGGCUCGCCCCACACUCUGGGUGCCAGACCAUGCUGUUGACUCCUGCACUGGCUGUAACACACAGUUUUGGAUUGGCCGACGCAAGCACCACUGCAGGUCAGUCUCCAGGAGUUGUGGUAAAAUCUUCUGCUCCGAGUGUUCAGAGCACAGCAUCCCAAUUCCAAGAGAGCAACUGUACCAACCAGUCAGGGUGUGUGGAUCUUGCUUCUUCAACCUUGGCAUGGAACACACAAAACCAAAAAUAUUGGCUGCUGCUUCAAAUUAACUGGAGAGUUUGUAAUGCAAAUAAGAAACUAGUAAUAAGUGUAGAAGCUGGUCACUUAAAAGGUGUUGAGGGGCAAGCUAUGACAUGUUCCAUCAUCUGGGAGCAAGAAGUAUAUACUAAACAUGACAACAACAAUGCCACUACUCGUUAUGAAUUCGAAGUGGUUAAAAUUUCAUGUGUUUUAUUUUUUAUCACUAGCAAACCCUUCAUGCGUGGGGCAUAAAAUAGUCCAUCUUGCUUGGUCACACCUGUCAGUACUUUGGAAAGUGCUCAGCGAUAAUAUCAGUGUGCAUUGUGAGAAGUGUCGGGUCCUAGAAUAGUCUCCUCCGUACUGUGCUUUCUCCUUCACCUAUCUUCUACUCUUGCCAAGCAGGAGGUACUUUUGUUUGAAAAUAUUUGACAAACGAAAUUGCAUCGGUGGCAAUUACAGUAUAUAUUUGUUCAAUUGUUAUCAGAUAAUUGUGUAUUCAGGUAGUUUAUUUGUCCUUUUCAAAAGUGGGGAUUGGAAAUUUCAGUAUUAUUUGUUAUAUGAAUACUUUUGUCAUUUGGUAUAUUUUUGCUUAUCUGCAUUCAGUCAUAAGAUAUUUAUUUCUUUGGUGUUUGAGGUUGGGGUUCUAAGAUUUUACUCAUCUUCACAGAGAUGAGAUUAUACUGUAUUGUGUUAGGGGUUUUGUUUUACGUUAGAAGGAACAUGGUUUACCCUCUUUUUAUAUGCAGUAUACUGCAUAAGUAAACUCACUUCAGAACAAGAAAUUAAUAUCCCAUAAAAAAACCUGGGAAUGCACAAUGUUUGCUUUCACUUCACAUAUAUAUAUAUAUUAUAUAUAUAUAUA